CGUCUCGCCGUGCGCACACAGCUCCGCAAGAUCAUUCCCACCAUCAAAAAUCGAAAUCCCCUCGCGCGAAACAGAUCAAUUCCCUCGACAUUCGAAUGAAAAAUCCAAAUGCGUGAAUUUAACAGCAAUUAACAAUGGAUUUGUGUCACCCUCGUGUUACAGUGUUACUGUUUAUCCUGACCAUUUUCGGAGUACCGAGAGCACAUGCCAGAACGUGGGAUCUGGCGGUGACGAUCGGUCGCGAGAUAAACUUCCUCUCCUCCAAUGGCACCCUAAUAGGCCGAGUGCUGAACCCCUCCGCGGUUUCCCUCACAGCAAUGGCCUACGACGACGCGACCCACGAGAUGUACCUCGGUGACACCAGGAACAAGAACAUCUCGAUCUUCUCAAAGACCUUGAGCGAAGACACCAAGACCUGGACACCAGUCCUCCCCAACACCAACUCCACCCACAUAAUCGGCAUGGUCUUCGACCCAGUGUCCUCUUCCCUCUUCUACAUAGACUCAAAGUUGUCCUCAAUCCUGAAUCUGAAGGUGAAUCCCUCGAGCAACAAGUCGACUCGAGACUUCACUCCUCCCCCAGAGGUGAUCCUGGAGCUGCCAGACCAGAGCCCCAGGGGUCUCUCCCUGGACCUCUGCAGGAGGACUCUCUACUGGGCGAACAGCAACGCCUCGAGCCCCUCGAUUGAGUCCUCAGACCUCUCGGGCACCUCCAGAAGAACAAUUAUCAACUCGAACCUUUACGAGCCCCUGGCAGUGGCUGUGGACCACACCUCGGGGAAACUCUACUGGAUCGACGACGAGGAGGGGAUUCACUACAAGAUCGAGAGGAGCAAUCUCGAUGGCUCCAUGAGGGAGCUUCUCGUCCAUGGAAAGCACCAGCAGCCCGUUCACCUGGCGAUCGACGACCAGUCGAUUUACUGGACUGACUGGGUGCACUCGUCAAUCUGGAGACUCAGGAAGACACCAGUCCCUGGGGACGAGCCCGAGAAGUGGAAGUCCUUUUUCGAUACCAAUCGAGACGCCGAUCCAACUAGUCUGAUCUCACGGGAUAAUCUGGGGCGAGUGGAUUGCGUUGCUGUCGAGAGGCUGAGGAAGUCGAAGCUGGAGGAGGAUCAGCAGGAUGUGGAGGUGUACGAAGGGCUCGUUACCAGUACUGAAGAUGAUGGAGAUGGGAAGAGCAAGGAAGCCAUGUUCUGCUUGCAUGGGGCCAAGUUGACGGAGGGGAACAGGAGUUGUUCCUGCCAGAAGGGGUACGAUGGGGUGCAUUGUGAGACGUCAGUUUGCCAUAAUUAUUGUGUCAGGGGGGAGUGCACGGUGGAUUACGAGGGGAGGCCGAGGUGCAAGUGUCCCUCGAGGUUCAGGGGCAGGAGGUGCGAGCAGGAUGCCUGCGUUGGGUUCUGUCUCAAUGGGGGAGAGUGCGAGAUUCAGAAUGGCGAACCCUACUGCAGGUGCCAGGGGGCCACUGGGGUCAGGUGCGAGGAGAGGAUUGGGGGGGAUGGGGUCUGCGGUCUUCUCUGCAGGAGUGGGGUGCAGGAGUUUGGCAGCUAUGACAGAAUAAUUUGCAGAUGCUCAGAGAGAAAUGCAACUGAAAAUUCACAAUGCAGCAUGUACACAUACGGUGUAGAGAACAAAAUCCUAGUGAUAAUAUUCUCAGUGAUAAUUAGCGUACUUACGGCAUCAAUAAUCGUACUUAGUUAUUUCGUCAACAAAUUCCGUCGGAGGCCGAGGAUAAAGAAGCGCUUUGUAGUCAGUAAGAAUGGGAUAACUCCGCUGACAUCGAGACCACAAUUGCCAGGGGACCAGUGCGAAAUUAUGAUUGAGAACUGUUGCAACAUGAAUAUCUGUGAGACGCCAUGCUUCGAGCCCAAUCUUCGAAGUCCAGAGCCCAGACUCAGCAAAAAAGAGGAGAAAAACUCUCUCCUCCUGGACAUGGAUGGGAACAAUUCGUGCUAGCACAGAAUAUAAAAAAAAAUCCCAUCAAUUCACCUUCAUCAAGACAAUUUCGCUGUCACGAGACUGUUUAAACUCUCACUUGUCUACAAAUUAAGUGGGUAAAUCAUGGAAAAAAACAUUUAGUAUUAUUGUUAAGUUUGACAAUGACGAGAAAACGUCGCCAAAGGAAUCCUCGUAAACUUCGAUAGCUUUGCGAUGAAUUUUUAAGAUUCUUGUUUCGAUAAACAGGAAUAUUUAAAAAACACGAGGGAGUACCAAUGAACAAUCAUUCAUUUUAAUCGCCUUUUCAAGCCCAGAGAAUUGAAGUUUACGAAUGGAAAUAGCUCGGGUGCUGAUUUUUAGUUACCAAAGAGUAAUGCAACAGGAUUUAAAUUAUACUUAAUUAUCAUUAACAAUUAUUCAAUUGAUCAUUUGUCAUUGAUUAAUUUUAAUGGGCACUCCCACUGGAGAUUUAGCGUGGAUAUGUCCGGUGGUGGGGGUAUUUGUUAUUGAAUGGAGCUCAUAGCUGCGGAUUUAAGAAAUAACUCAAUAUUUCAGUUGGAAACGCAGUUUAAUUACCUGAAGGACAUUUUCCCAUUUUUUUUUCAUUUCGUUGAAACGAGAUACUUGAACGUUGAAAUUCAACAUAUCAUGACAUUUAUUACUGCCUACGUGUCCAAAGCUUCUGAGUCAAUGCCAUGAUUGGAUUUCAGAGCACAAAUGAAAUUGAAAGGAGAAAGAUAGACUGGGGGAGGAAUUUAUUCUUGCGAAAUUCAUUCGGGAUGAGUUUUUUAUUUGUAUCUCUUGAAAUAAAGGAGAUGGGGGAAUUUUCAUGAGGACCUUUUUUGUAGAGGGAACAGAGAGCUUUAAAUUAGAUCUUCACAAAAAUUUUGCUACUUAGCUUAGAUCGUGAGAUAUUCAACAAAAACUAAGCUGCGAGGUACAUUGGCUUAGGAUAAGAGGGAUUAAAUGAAUUAUUUUCAAUUUAUUUCACAGAGUGAAUUGAUUUUUUUUUUCAUUUAUUGAUAUGUUUUCAGGUUUCAAAAUUAAAUUUGAUUUAGUAAUUUAUAUUAACGAAUUCAUGUUUUAUCUCAUCAAUUCAUGAAAUUCUAGACUUUCUAUUUGGAUAUCCAUUGGGAAAAUUAGUCAAGCAAAAAUAAAUAUCUCCCUCAGUGCAAAAAAAAAACAAAAGAAAGACACCCAAAAAACUGGUCACGAACAGGCAUUGUUUAAUGUCAUCAAAGGUACUGAAAUUUUUGUGGGGAUUUUUAUUGUAAAAUAACAAGAGUAUAAAUAUUUUCACAAAAAUUUCACUUUGUUUAAAUCGUGAGGUAUUCAUCCAAAAUUAAUCUUCAAAUUAAAUUGAUGUGGGAUGAGAGGGGUAAAAUGAGUUCUAAAUAUUUUUUUAGGCUUCAAAAUGAAACUUCAUUUACGUUUAUGUCCUCUGUAUCAUUUUACGACUGAAGUUCUGAAAUUCUAGGCUUUCUAUUUGGAUAUCCAUUGGAAAAAUUAGUCAAGCAAAAAUAAAUAUUACAUUAUUGAAUGCCUUCAAUGGUACUGAAAUGUCUGUGGGGAUUUUUAUCGCAGAAUAAAAAAAGUAUAAGUAAUAUUUUCACAAAAAUUUCACUAUUUCGUUUAAAUCGUCCGAUAUUCAUCCAAAAUUAAUCUUCAAAUUAAAUUAACUUAGGAUGAGAGAAGUAAAAUGAAUUAUAGUUAUUUUUUUAAGUUUCAAAUUUCACAAAAAUUUCACCAUUUCUGGUAAAUCAUGAAGUUUUCACCAAAAUCUAAUCAUCAAAUUCAAUUGCUGUAGUAUGAGAGGGGUAAAAUGGGUUCUAAAUAUUUUUUUAGGCUUUAAAAUGAAACAUGAUUUAUGUUGACGUCCCCCAUCUCACUUUGCCGCUGAAGUUCUGAAAUUCUAGGCUUUCCAUUUGGAUAUCCAUUGGAAAAAUUAGUCAAGCAAAAAUAAAUAUCUCCCUCAGCGCAGAAAAGUGACACCAAAAACUGCCUGAUCAUACUAUUUAAUGUCUUCAAAACUUGUAAAUUGUUAACGUCAGCAGUAGCUGAGAACCAUGAUGGAGUACCGUAUGGAGUUACACCGUGUCAUAAUGAAAUUAAUAGUCAGCGGUUAACCGGUACUAGCCAUUCCGCGUGUAGAAAUGAUAUACGCUGAUAAGUAAGGCUGAACCCAAGCUGUUAAUCUACAUUAAUGUAAAUAAAUAUUCAUAUGAAUCAUUUAACUAACAGAACAGAACAGCCAGUGCUAUUAAAAAUCAAUGCGUUACGAAAUCGUGAGGAGAAUGGAAGAAACAUUGAAUCUCUGAUAACGAUUAUAAAUAUCUCCUUCCAUUCGAAUUUCUGGAGAUGAAACGAUGAAAAUAGUUCAUUUACCUCAUUUAGUUAUUAGUUUAUUUCAUUGUAAUUCACCCGAAAAAUGAUUUUCAAAAUUGCCUUUUAUUAUCAAAGCUUUAUUUUCUAUUUUUAAAUUAUUAAUUGCAAUUGGAUCUGUUUAGUUUUGGUUUUUUUAUUUCAUUUCGACUUUUUUUUUUAUUUAUUACUAGAAGUGAGUUGUGAAUUCGAGGGUGAAACGUCAUGGGUUAAUUUUUUUCAUUUUGCAUAUUCAAUUAUUGUAGAGAAUUUAAUUUUCAUCAGAAACAAUAGCUUUUCAUGGGUUAAAAUCAUCGAUAGAAAAUUAAAAUCAACUCCUCACGUUUUACAAAAUUCACAACAGCUGUAUUGUUUUUUUGGGUGAAAAGUAGCAUUUUAUCUGAAAUUUUAGUGUUGUAUGUUCAUGGCUAGAGUCACUCGAUCAUGUCAUUUUUUCAUGGACUAAAAAACCAACAAAUGCCUUAUGGGGUUUAUAUAAAAUAAGAAAUGUCACGGUUUCAGUGAGUAAAGAAAUACUUAACGCCAUCGCCACGCAAUCCAUUCAUUCGAACAAUCAUUGUCCACUGAAUUUUCGUGGAAAUAAAUUGUGAGGAACUGCACUCAGCAGUUCUGGACAGGUUUAAGAUUUUGAUAUUGAAUUUAUUUCGUGAUAAUUAGUCAUUGGAGCUUUGGAAAACACCCUUUUCCCAGGCACUGAUCACCAGCGACGUGAUAGUGGAUUUAUGGAGAAAGGGGUGUAUUCCCAAAUUAUGUAUCAAUCUUCAAACCAUCAUUUUCGUUUCUUUCUGUAAUUAUCAUGAUCAUUCUUCCUUGAGUCUAGUAGAGUAGAAUUUUUACGAGGGUAGAAAUUACAUUAGAAGGAAUUCAUGUACUUGAGAUGUACAUUAAUUAGUAAUUGUCAUUUAUGCGCUGGAGCAUGAAUAAUUACUGUAAAAAGAAUAAAUUGAUAUGGGAAAUUAAGUAAACUUUUGCAGAUGAUUUAUUUUAAACAGACAAAUGAUCCUCUUUUGUGUUUCAAAAUGAAUUGUUUUGUGUCGGAAAGUCGUUCAUGGAGAAAAGGGUGUAUUCCAAAAUUGUUUAUCAAUCUUCAAACCAUCAUUUUCGUUUCUUUCUGUAAUUAUCAUGAUCAUUCUUCCUUGAGUCUAGUAGAGUAGAAUUUUUACGAGGGUAAAAAUUACAUUAGAAGGAAUUCAUGUACUUGAGAUGUACAUUAAUUAGUAAUUGUCAUUUAUGCGCUGGAGCAUGAAUAAUUACUGUAAAAAGAAUAAAUUGAUAUGGGAAAUUAAGUAAA